AUGAAGUGUGGAAGACAAGCUGUGUGGACUGGAACUAUCCAAGAACACGCCGGAGACGAAGGCUUCUUUAUAGCCGGGACUUGGGAUUGUUUCAUCUUGGAGCCUGAUCUCCGCGGACCGAACAAGACAUCAAAGAUGGCACCUUUCGAGGCACACGGGAGGAGUAGUUGCUCAUCUAGGAAGCCCGUGGUGCCGAUCCAGCACAUGCUGGGACUCGGGGAUGUAGACUUCGAGAUUGUAACGGACUCCAUCGGCCAGACGGAAUGA